AUGCUACAAAAACCACUACGAACAUUACCUCUACCUUUAAUAUACAGUACCUUUUACCUAACUACAGUACUAAUACUAUUAAGCACAAAUACAGUCAAUUCACAAUCAAUACGGUCGAUAAAUGCAGUCGUAUUCAAUGUCGGUCGAAAUCAUUCCACAUUAGUGUUCCCUACCACAACCACACCCACACCCUCGGAUUUUACGGGUGAAACGUGCUGGGAUAGUAAACCAUGCAAACCGGGGGUGAUAUUACCGGUAUGGCAGCCUCAGGUGGGUAAAAUACGUCUUCAUUAGCACUAUCUAAUGAAAUGGCAAGAACUUUCUUUACAAAGCAAAAAAUGGCAAGAACUUUCUUUACAAAGCAAAAAAUGGCAAGAACUUUCUUUACAAAAUAAAAAAUGGCAGAAACUUUCUUUAGAAAAGAAAAAAUGGCAAGAACUUUCUUUACAAAACGAAAAAUGGCAAGAACUUUCUUUACAAGACAAAAAAUGGCAAGAAAUUUGUUUAGAAAACAAAAAAUGACAAGAACUUUCUUUACAAAACGUAAAAUUGUAAAAACUUUCUUUACAAAACAUUUUUUAUUUCAGGAAGGUCUAACAACAUUCGACCGCUGUCUCCGAGCCUUUAUCUACUUCUUAUCAUUGGCCUAUCUUUUCUAUGGCGUCUCCAUCGUAUCUGACCGGUAAGUAAAGCUAAAAAUUUCGUAAAACUGUUUAUAUUUUUUCAUUUUUUGUUAAAUUUUAAAACUUUUAAAAUUUUGAAAUAAGCGUUUUGUACCACACAUAAUAAUGUAGGUUUAGACAGGGUUUGGUUAAGAUAUGACAGUUAAUAAAAAAGUUACAGCCCUUUAAAAAUGCAAAAUGUCCAGUAGUUUCCAGGCGGAUUCGAACUUUUUUGAAUUUUCGACAUUUGCAAAUGACUAUAACCUUGCCAAAGGUUAAAUUACCAAUUUAAAACUUUUAAUAGCAAAUAGCGUGACUUUCAAUGCUGUAUCUGCUUAACACAACAAUUUUUAAGUUAUAUAAUAUAAGUAAUGGCAUUAACAACCUGAUCUCUUCAGAUUCAUGGCCGCAAUAGAAGUGAUAACAUCGCAAGAGAAAGCUGUAAAAAUAAAAAAACCGAAUGGUCAAGAAACCAUGGUAUUAGUCCGAGUAUGGAACGAAACUGUGUCCAACUUGACCUUAAUGGCACUCGGUUCAUCUGCACCUGAGAUAUUGCUGAGUGUCAUUGAGAUCUUUGGUAAUAAAUUUGAAGCUGGCGACUUGGGCCCUUCUACUAUUGUUGGUUCAGCCGCUUUCAAUCUGUUUAUCAUCAUCGCUGUUUGCAUUUUGGUAGGUUUUUUGAAGUUUUGAAAAAAAAAUUUUUUUUAGUUUUUUUUUUUGCAUAAACCAGGAUUUUUAGACGAAUACCAAAAACUUUAUUUCCAGGCAGUCCCAUCAUCUGAAAUUCGAAAAGUCCAUCGAGUCGAUGUUUUCUGGGUCACUGUAGCAUGGUCCACCUUUGCCUAUAUCUGGUUAUUCGCCAUCAUUUCCGUAUUUUCGCCUGGAGUCGUCGAAGUUUGGGAAGCGGUUGUGACCUUCUUAUGCUUCCCUCUUACCGUACUAACAGCUUUUAUUUGUAACAAACAUGCUCACAGUAUGGGUCAACGGUUACUGCGUGGUAACAUGACAUCGUUUGUCAAGAAUCGGCCAAAUCGAUUGGGUAAUGGCGACAAAAAGAAUGGAUUGAUUAAUGGCAAUGGCGAUGUCGAGUAGGUUUUUGUAGAUUGUUUUAAAAAAAGCAGUUAAAAUUAGUACUGUUAGGACCAAGCAGAUCUAUUACUAAUUAGAUUACUUUCUUCACAUUCUUGUUUAGAAUCUGAACUAAAAAAAAUCAACAGAAUAUUGACUUAACUUUAAGAUAUUUCAUUUUUGAGUCCUGAAACAAUUGCAAUUGUCAAAGAGUGAUCACGUAUUUUACAUUCUGUACACUAUUUUUGAGCUUCUAAACACAAAAAAAACAAAAUAAUAUUAUAAUAUAUUACUUUUGAGAUACGUGAUGUUGAAGUUCCUACUCGUUGAAUAUUAUUCAAUUUUGAAGAGAUGAAGUAGUUUAUGCACAACUCUGGCUGAAUAUACCUGUCCUUUUACUUCUAGACUCAAGAAAACCAAAUUUUAACUUACGUUUGAGGCAUUUGAUGUUAAGUUUCAUGAAACAGCUUUCAAAACAAACAACAUCUUUAUCAAUGCCCUUUGAAUCUCUUUUCAAUGUUUAGAAACCUUUUGGUCGUUGUUUCAGGACUAGAGGAAUCAACUUUGAAGUCCAUUAAAAUAUACUUCAAUUUCUCUAAACUUUUUUCAACUUCUAAACACAAAGAAAUUCAAGGAAUAUUAACCUACCGUUGAAAUAUUCGAUGUUAAGGUCCUAAAACAGCUCUCAAAACAAGCAAAGUCUUUCUCAAUAUCCUUUCAAUCGUUCUCCAAAUUCUCUACUUUCAUCUUCAGCUUCUAAACACGAAACAUUCAAAGAAUAUUAACUUACCUUUGAGAUGUUUGAUGUCUCACGGUCUUUGUUACCUAAAUCCGACGAAUUUCGAUCAGUUUAGGCAUUGAUUUUAUCUCUAAAUUAUUUUAAACAGCCUGAAAAUCAAAUUAGUAUAAAGAACAACUUAAAAUAAGUUAAGAACUCGCAAAACUAAAGCAGCUGAUCGUUAUUGACAGGUCUUCGACAGGUAAAAUAAGGUUUCAAAGAAUAAUUUAUUUUUCGGCCGAUAAAUACUGGGCGCGGCUUGAAGUUGCGUCUUGGCGGGUUGGAGAAAGAUUUUUAGCGGGUGGAAGAAAGACUAAUUUUUAAAACUUCAAAUUUCUCAUCUUUAAUUUAACUUUUGGGCCUUUUAACAUAAAAAAUAGGUUUUAAAAACUAAUGUUAACAUUUCAGAAAAGCCUUGCUUGGCCCCUCACCAAAAGACGCUGAUGUAGCCGCCUUCGAAGACCAUCGUCGUCAAUACCUCGAGAUGUUCCGCCGAUUGCGAGCCGAAAACCCGGACUUAUCAAUAGAAGAGCUGGAAAAGCUGGCUACAGAAUCCGUGGUAAAAGCCCAGCCAAAGUCUCGGGCCUUCUACCGAAUCCAGGCUACACAUAAGAUGAUGGGCGCUGGAGAUUUGACCAAGAAAUUGAGAAAAAAGUCGGUAGAACCAGAUUCCCCACCUUUCAUGCCUCAGAAGCCAAAAAUGGUGAUUGUGGAGUUUGACCCAGCCAACUAUAUGUGUUUGGAGAACAUUGGUGAAGUUGAGGUUAAGGUGCGAUGUGAUCGAGGAUCAUUCAGUGUUCCUACUGUGGUCACGGUCGAUUACCAUACUGUGGCGGAUUCGGCUCAGGAGUACGACGAUUUUAUGCCUGUUAAGGGGACUUUGAAGUUUGAACCUGAUGAAACUAUGUGAGUUUUUUAGAUUUAUCUUACUCUAUCAUAUCUUACUUUACGCUACCCUUACUUACCCUAAUCUACUCUACCCUUUCAGUAAAACAAUAUCGAUUCCGAUAGUGGACAACGACGUCUACGAAGAAGACGAGCAAUUCUUCGUUCAGUUGACCAACCUCAACGCCUCCUUCGAGUCUAAUGAAGAUCAGAAAGUGCCAUCUCAAAUUGGCAAGGCUUCCAUGGCGACCGUGCUGGUCGUGGACGAUGAUCACGGUGGAGCUUUCUCCUUCGAAUCCGAGGUGUUCAAGGUCGCAGAGAACGCUGGAGUACUAAUCCUUGACGUGAAGAGACAUCGUGGUGCACGUGGUGCAGUUUCCUUGCCAUUCCGGACUAUUGAUGGUGCUGCCAAGGAUGGUCAGGACUAUAUUGGUCAAGCUGGCGAGCUUCGCUUUCAAGAUGGUCAAACUAAGGCUGAGAUUGAGAUAGAGAUCAUCAAUGAUGAUGAAUAUGAGAAGACUGAGGACUUCUUUGUGGAGUUGGAGGCACCACAAUGGCAUGUGAAGAAUCAGGAAGGACAGGAUGGUGCUGAUGGUCGGCCAGUACUGGGGGCUCAUACUCGAUGCAAGGUUUUGAUCACUGAAGAUAAAGAGUUUAAGGUAAGAGGUUUGUAAUGAAAGUUCUUGCCAUUUUGGGUUUUGUAAAGAAAGUUCUUGCCAUUUUUUAAAACGAAAAACAAUAAAAUGCCAUUCUUUUUCAGAGUUUUGUUGAUAAAAUGCUAACAAACGCCAACACCUUGGCUAUGGUUGGAUCUUCGUCAUGGCGACAACAGUUCUCUGAUGCUAUGGAGAUUGAAGACUUGGAUGGAGAUGGUUCUUUAAGUAAUCGUGAAGUCGUUCUACAUUACUUUUCGUUGCCAUGGAAGCUAUUGUUUGCGUUGAUACCUCCUACUGAUUACUUUAAUGGUAAGACUGUUCUGCUUUGCCUUGUCCUGGCCUUGCCCUGGCCUUUCCCUGGCCUUUCCUUGGCUUUGCCCUGUCAUUGAGCUGCCUUUGCCCUGCCUUUGUCUUGCUUUUGCCCUUUCUUUGCCCUACCUUUGUUCUGCCUUUGCCCUGCAUUUGCCCUGCUUUUGCCCUGCUUUUCCCUGUUUUUGCCCUGCCUUUGCUCUGCAUUUGCCCUGCCUUUGCAUUUCCUUUACCCUGCCUUUGCCUUGCCUUUGCUCUGCCUUGCCUUGCUUUGCCCAUCUUUUGCUCUGCCUUUGUCCUGCCUUUGCUUUGCCUCUACCAUAGCUUAUCUUACAUACCCUACAGUAACCUUACUAGAAUAUAAAACAUUUUUUAGGCUGGUUAUGCUUCAUUGUAUCAAUCUUUUCCAUUGGAGUACUGACGGCAUUUAUUGGUGAUGUAGCAGCCAUGUUUGGAUGUUCAAUUGGACUGAAAGACUCGAUUACAGCCAUUUCUAUUGUGGCUCUUGGCACUAGCUUACCUGGUAUGUUACAUUUUUUCACUUUUUUUCAAAAUUAUUUUUUAAUCGUUUUUUUUUGUUUUUUUUUGUUGAUUGUCACUGUAGCAGAAUGUCAAAAAAAAUCGAUAACGAAGUGUCAAAAACACAAAAAUCAAAAAAUAUUAACGAGGGAAAGAAUUGUCGUUUUUGGCUUUGAAGGUUCGUGUAAAAUGACGACAAGACGUUUUUUAAUGAUUUUAUAUGACAUUUUUGACACUUCGCUAUCGAUUGUUUUAUUUUUGACGUUUUGUUAUUGAUUUUUGAAUUUUUGACACUUUGUUAUCGAUUUUUAAUACUUUUGUUGUUUCAUUGAUUUUUUAAAUUUUAGUCGUUUUGUCUUUAUUUUUUUACAUUUUUGACAUUUCGUUAUUGAUUUUUUUUUAUUUUUGACAUUUUGUUAUUGGUUUUUUAUUUUUUAUUAUUUCUUAUUGGUUUUUGCAUUUUUGACAUUUUGUUGUCAAUUUUAUCAAAUUUUAAAAUUUUUUAUUGAUUUUACAAUAUUUAUCUUCUCCUUUUCAGACACAUUCGCCUCAAUAACCUCGGCCAAGAUGGACAACACCGCCGACUCUUCAAUAGGCAACGUCACCGGCUCAAACGCUGUUAAUGUCUUCCUAGGUAUUGGCAUCGCUUGGCUUUGUGCGGCAGUUUACCACGCCCAAAAUGGCACUCAAUUCAAGGUUGAGGCAGGCACAUUGGCUUCAAGUGUUACCUUGUUCUUGAUCGGUUCCAUUGUAUGUUUUGCAACGUUGCAAUGGAGAAGAUAUCAUAGCCAAGUGAGAGGUGAGCUUGGCGGUCCAAAGAAGUAUAAGCUGAUCGCAACAGCCAUCUUUAUUGGAUGUUGGCUAUUGUACUUGUUCUUUAGUACGUUGGUCGCUUAUUGUAUUAUUCCUGGAUUUUAA